AUGCUCUACUAUACAGCGCUCGUCGCCGUCGUGCAACUUUUUGCCGGCUUUUUCAGCUCAGCUCUCAUGUGCCAACAAUGCGGCGGUCACAAGUACGAAGGUUCUGUUCGGUUAGUUAUUUCAUUAUCGAAAUUAUGAACAGUAGCAACUUUUUUCUGUGUGCUUCACGAUGUUCUAUGCAAUGUUCUUUGUAGGCUUUCGAGAGAGGAAUGCUGCGAGGCGACCCCCGUCGAAUGCAAAAGCGACCAGGUAUGCUUAAAGUAGAUGGGUAGACCGUGGCAAAAAAAGUUCAAUUAUUGGCAGAAGCGAUUUUCUUUCUUAAUUAAAACUGAUCGAAAAAAAGAACUUUCGCAUCCUCCGGCGUCCACAGAGUUCGAUAAAUUAACAAAAAAAUCUUUUUCGAGUAUGGGGGCUUGGCCAGACUGUCUUCAGUCAUGCUCAUCCAAAAACCGUCUUCAAAUGGUAUCGCAUAAAAUUAGAAAUCACAUUUAGUAUUAGCUAAAAUCUUUAUUUAUUACUUAAAAAUUUUCACGGAUAAAUUCUUUUUUUGACCAUGAGGUCGUAUCCGUGAAUGAGUUUAAAAGUAGAUAAACUUAUAAUUUCUUCCCGGUUUUGCAAGUCUUUUAGGCUGAAAAAUGUUGAAAAAAACGAUAAUAGAGAAUUUCCUUCUGUAAAUUCAUUUACUCUGUGUAAAUAUUCAUGCACACGGUCUCUGGUCUAGCUAGGUAUAUUUUAUAAGAAUGCGUGUAUGUAGAAAAAGGGAGAUUGCAGGUUUGCCUUCGAGCUCUUGUCAACUCUCCUUAUGGGAAUUUCUUUCUCUCCGGUUGCCACGCUGCAGAAGAUGAUCUGAUAGGUGAGAAUUGAAAUAGGUUUUUUUUUCUGAAAAGGAGAAUCUAAAAACUUCUCGAUUUUUCUGGAGAUGAGUUUUUCUGAAAGAACACGUCGAUUUUCACUCCGGGAUUUCCUGAAAUUUUUUUCUUUUCAAGUAUUUUUUAGUCUGACCAGAGGUAUGUAAUAAUUUUCGCCAUUUUCCUGAAUAUAGAAAAGGCCUGAAACUCGCUGAAUUGAUUUAUUUCGACUUUUUUCUGAUGUAAUAAGGUUUUUUUUUAAGAAGAUUCAUAUCCGCAAGUACAAAUUUGAAAGGAAAGUGAUGAAAUGACUGAAAUUGGACUCAAUCCAUUUUAACUAUAUUUUGAUCUACCUCCGACCAGAGCUGACCUUUGUUUGGCCUUUUUAUUUUCAUCAUACCUUUGAUUAUUGAUCAACAUUCUCUUUCAUUUUUUUACCAUUUUUUUCCUCGCUUUUGUCGUGCUUUUUUUUGAUUUUUUUUAAAAAUAAAUUCAAAAAUCAUCACGCCUUGAAAAAAAUUUUUUUGAAUUAAUGCAAAAAGAAAAAUUUGCCGGUUUUGAUUUCAAAAAAGAUAAUUCAUACCCCUCCUUGAACACUAAUUUUUUUUAAAAUUAUACCUUUCGACACACAGAGAAAAGCUCUAGGAUGACGAAUUCUCUUGCUGAAACUGUUUUAGACGUCUAUUUGCCUUUAAUUUCUUUUUUCAAAAGGAAUUUCACCGACUAUAGUCUGUUCAGGCUUUUUCGUUGAUCUUGGAACAAAGCUGUCGGGCCCAAAUUUCAGAAUAUCUAUCUCUAACAUCAACAACUCUGACAUGGCGCGCAUAAAGGCUGCCACAACUCUUUCUCGGACACACACUAAUUUGUUGUUAUCUAGUUGCGAGAAAACGACGAAAUAGCAUAGGUCAGAGAAAGAGUUGUGGCGGCCUUUAUGUGACCCAUGUCAUAUAGAAGUGUUCAAGGAACUUACACGAGCUCCCAGAGUUUCAAAUAAAAUGACCCAGAAGAGUUACUUCAUUUGCAGGAUGCGACUACCACGCCUUGCCGCACAACUCUUCGGUGCUGCGAUGUGUGUGUGCGAAUGCCGAAUGCCAGAAUGACUUCACCGGCGACUGUGCAGUCGGCGGAACCCAGACCACCACCAAGGCUGCGAGUUUCCAGCCGACGUCUUCUCCGUCGCCGACGUCAUCGCAGUCGCCGGUCGCCUCUCUGCCGCCGCUGGUCAUGGCACGUAACCGCUCACGCACAUAUUACACCUCUUCUUCUUCUUCUUCUGCGCGACACGCCGUUUUUCUUUCGUUUUCAAUCCUCGUACUUUGCUUUUUUCCUUCACUUUUAGGAACAUAGCCUGCGUUUUUCUUUUUCUGCCCCCUUUGUCUUUUCCUUCUUUUUGAUGACUGCUCAUUUUGAUUUUCCAUUCUCAAACUAAAAUUUUGCGUCUUUUUUCUGAUUUUCAGCCUAUAAUUUUUUUCAUAUACUCGAAUUUCAAAGUUUUUUUCUUCAAAAAAAGAACUUUGAAUGACUGGCACAAAACUCAACUCAAAUUACGUAGCGAUUUUUUUAUAUUUUUAGAAAAUGUAUGGUCCAAAAUUUUUAAAAGAUGGCAGCUUAAUAUUUUUGAAGUUUCGAACGACAGCUCACAAUUUUUUUCACAAUUAUCGAAUAUUGAAAAAAUAUAGCUUCAAACAACUAUCAUUGGACCCUUGUACAUAAGUUUUUUUUUUUUGAACUUUGUUCGUGCUUUGACGGGUGAUAUUCAUCUUGCGCUUUGAAUGUAUUAUUUUGUUAAUCUCACGUUUUUAUUCCAAUAAAUCAUCUCUGAAAUAACUCCCAUUUUUAUUUCUAACUUUUGCUAUUGGUGGGAAGUUCUCCUGUUACAUACUUGGUAGAGCGAUCGAUGUGGAUGAAAAAUCCGCAUAUUUUGCUUCGGAGCUUUACUCCAGCUAUCGGCCGUACGAUCCGCGGAUUGUCUGCCGGUAAAUGAAAAUUACGGAAAGGGUUUACGAAACGAUUACAUUAAUCUAGGCGGUUAUAAUUUUUUUGAAAGUUUUCACACUUAGCUCACGAAAGAUUGAAGAUUUUUUAUAACAGAACAGGUUUUUUUUGUAUGUCAUGUUUUGUACCUAUAGCCCAUUCCGCGCCAGCUUGCCACGUUUUCCUUUUCGCCAAAAACACACCGAAGUAGAUCGAAAUUGAGCAAUUAUUAGAAUUUUGCAUACAUUUUUCAUUUCGACAGUACUUUUGAAGGCAAAAGGAUGGACGGAUCGGAGUCUGUAGAGGCGGCGUUGCUCCGCGAGCCGGACCGUCGUGUCCUGUCCAUCCAGAGCCACGUCGUGCACGGCUACGCGGGCAACAAAUGCUCCAUCUUUCCUCUACAGGUUCCUCUUCUUUCUAUCCGCCCGAACCUCGCCUUUUUGCAGCUUCACGGCUUUGAGGUUGACUCCAUCAACAGCGUGCAAUUCUCGAACCACGCGGGUAACGUCGAAUACUUGACCCUUCCGACAAGUAAUUGCGCUUGUCUUUUCGACCUUUUCGUCUCUCAGUUCUUCGUCAAAAUCUAGAAUCCAAACACUUACCCAUUUGGUAUUGCGAGUUCUAACUUUAGGUAACUUGAAGGAUACGAACAUGUGAAAGGGCAAAAGUUAACGGACACAGAGUUGGAAGAGCUCUACGAGGGACUCAGGUUGAACAAAAUCAAUAACUACACACAUAUUCUCACAGGUUCUUUUUUGCUUCCAGAAUUUUCUUAAAAUCUUAGUUGCUUUCCAGGCUACUGCGGGAAUGUUGACUUUCUGAAGAAGAUCGCCGAUGUUGUCACAGACAUCAAGAGGAAAGACUCGAACACCUUUUUUGGUGAGUUUUUGAAGUUAUUAAUUGUCGGCAAAGUCGGAAUGAUGGAUAAUGGCUUUAUCAAGUCUUCCAUUGGAUUUUAAGGCUCAAAAAUGGCGGAAAAAGGUAGAGGCAGCAAAAAUGGUGCAUAAAAGCCGAUGAAGUGGCGCGAAAAGGCAGCAAAUGGGAGCCUUUGUCAUCCCAAGAAGAACAUUUCUAUGGAACCUUUUUCACUCUUUCCGACUUCGCCUUUGUUCGUUUUUUUGAGUGAAAUUAGUAAAAGCAAAGGUCGUUACCAACCAAAAAGCUAGGGUAACCCCUAAAAUUUCCAAAUAAAACAAAAAAUCAUCUAGAUAUUUUUUUUCCGUUUUUCCAAUAUCACCUUUUUCAGUAUGCGAUCCAGUGAUGGGAGAUCAUGGCAAAUAUGUGAGUUUCAAUUUUUAGGAGUUAUCCAAAAGGUUUCCCCGGGCAAAAAAUUAAUGCUGUAGAUUUAGUACACGCCUCGAGAGUUGAUGCCGGUUUAUCGCGACGUGUUGCUCCCACUGGCCGAUCUGCUUACGCCGAACGCUUUCGAACUCGGGUCAGAAUUAUCUCUUCUUUAGGCCUACGAGUAAAUCUACGGUCUGAGAAAAUUUAGAAUCGAAAAUUGAAUGUAUCGUUCAUUUAUGCAAGCUCAGAGAAGUCAGAAUAGCUUUUUUCAUAGUUUUCGGCUUUUCUGGAGUUCGGAUAAUACAAGGAAGGUCUGUGCACUUUGGGACUGGGCUUUUUCUAAAAAUCGGCCAGAACAUUCUUUGAUGUAUUGAAUGAAGAUACAGAAAAGCACAAAAAAACUUCUAGUUUUCGAGAAAAAAGGUCUCAAAAUCGAAGAAAACCGUCAAAACUCGGGAAAAUAGGCUGUUUCGGGGCUUUGAUUCCUCAUUCUCGAAAAGUAGUCAAUUGUGCAGGCUGAGAAUUUCAAAAUCUUCAUCUGAUACACCAAGAAGUUUUUUGGCAAAUUUCCAGGAAACUUGCAAAGUAAAAUGACCUUCCUCGUUAGGAAAAAAAAAUCAAACGAGUUUCCAUUUUCAAAAUAGUUUUUACAGGAUUUUCGAAUGAAGACUUUAAAAAUGUAAUACAAGUGUUUCCAAAAAAAAAAAACUAUUCCAGAGAACUGACGGGAUCGACGGUUGCGACAGAGGAGCAGUGCCUGGCGGCCAUCGACGUCUUACACGACAAAGGUUUUUCGAGCGAUUUUCUCCCGGAAAAGGAUGUCUUGAGGCGUUCGUUUCGUGGUGGUGACGAGUGGCGUGACAGAUGCCCAAUCCGAGGAAACUCUGUGUUGCUACUCGAGUGUCCGAGGUGAGGCCCGUUUCUCCUUCUCUAGCAUGAGUCGUGCCGCAGAAGCGAACGCGUCGUCGCCCACACGAUAUCGCUUCACCUUCCCCCGACUUCGUGGACAUUUUGUCGGCACCGGCGACGUCUUCACAGCGUUGCUCGUCGCGUGGCUCGACAGAAGCCGAGGCGACGUCUCUGGCGCCGUCGAGCGCGUCCUUCAAACUAUGCAGGCGCUCAUCAAACGCACCAGCGAAUUUGCUCAAAGUUUGUACUUUCUUUAUCAAAACUGAGCUCGUUUACACAUUUAUUUCCUCAUUUUCGAUGACUUUGAGAAGAGAGUACUUUCCAAACGGCAAUUUUUUUUUGCAGGCCAGGUAGAAAGCAAUUCGCGAGCUUGCUGUGAACUGAGGUUGGUGCAGUCUCGAUGCGACCUUUUGAAGCCUCCACCAGCUGAAGGAAUCCUCGUUGAGCGAAUUUAA